UGGCACUGUACCGCUGUCUCCUUCGCCCAGUGGUACACUCGCUCCAGAAAGUCAUCCCGUGUUCCCUGUUCGAUUACCCACUUCUAUGUUUCGCGAAAUAUUUCAGUCUUGGCCGCGCUUCAAGAGCACAGGGAUAACCGGGUUUGAAGACGACGAGCCGCAUAUAUCAAGGAUCCCCAAACCCCAUCGCUGUCUAGAGGUUCCGGAAAUAGUGGCCCUCAUCAUCAGCCACGUCGACGACAGACCCUCCUUUCGAACACUCUCCCAAGUGUCCAGAACGCUCAGCGACCUCGCCAUCGAUGCGCUAUAUGCGGACCUCGACAGCUGGUUUGAGCUUUUCAUGUGUCUGCCUCGGAGUUUGUGGAACCUGAAGCCACCGCCUUCGCCCAGAAUGUUCUCUGGAGGGAGGUUUGGUAAAUGUGGGAAUGGGAUGAGGGUUUGGACUUUGUGCUUUCGUCGAAAGAUGGCUGAGAAAGAAUGGACCUUUCUGAGAAGUCGAGCGGCCAAGGUCCGCUCCAUUGGGUUUCGCCAUGUCCCUCAUUCCGGAGUUGGCCGUAUAAGCUCGGAGGGAUGGAACUCCUUGGUGUAUCGACGAUCGCAGUCCAUAGGACCCAAAAGUAUCAUGGCCGACCAGUCUGUUAUCGACGCCCUCGUAAACGCAGCGCCAUCUGUGCCAGUCCUAUUCCCGAAUCUGUGCGCACUCGCGCUGGGGCACGGCUGUCCCGCCCCCGCUCUGCGCAUGCUGCUUUCGCCCGGUCUUCGCAAGCUGCACGUAUCUACCGGCUUGUUACUCGACAUCGCCAAUCUAACAUCUCCGUCCGCCCCCGAUCUCUGUCCCUUUGUCGAGUCAUUCCACGUUCAGGAGGAAUUGCGUUUCAUACGUCAGAACGCCUCGGCGCGUCUCAUCUGUGGCUGGAAGCAUCUCCGCUCGAUCGGAGGCGCUGUCCCUAUUGACCAGCACGUAUGGAAGCACCUAGCGUCGUUAUCGAGUCUUGAUACCCUCGAGAUUCGGGCGUUCAGUCCGCCCUCUCGCGCCCGUGCGGGUAUUUGUAACAAGCUCCGGGAAAUCGAUACACUCAUACUUAGUGGUGGUCAAUACAAGGAUACUAUCUCAGCACUCGAGGCCGUGCUCGGCGAUCGCGGUCCAGACACGCGUUUUGUCGUCCGACGCGUGGACAUUCGCGUGCUGUCUUCCAUUGCAUCUCCCGACGACUCUGUUGUGCACCUCGCGAGUGCUCUUCCGGAACUCGUAUACGCUGAAACGCUGAGAGAGCUCCGCGUAGCGAGUGGUCGCAGUCUUUCCCCUCGCGACUCGGACCGACCUUCUGUUGACGACCUGCUACUUCCCUUCGUCGCCUUCUACGGCCUCACGACCGUGGACCUUUCUACUCACUUAAACGGACGAUCGUUCACGCACCCGCAGCUGAUGGAUCUGGCGUGUCAUUGGCCGUCUCUGGAGGUAUUACGUCUUUCGUCGUCUCAGGAGGCCUUCUCUUUGCAGGAGCUGCUGGCGCUUGGUCAGGUCUGCCCCAAAAUCAGGAUCAUUGACAUCCCCGUAAUGGUGUCUAUGGCCAACAUCCGCGAGAUAUCGACGCAGAUGGACUCGGUGCGUUGUCUGGAGAACGCGACGUGUCUACGUCUCCGCGGAUAUCCGGAGACCAAGGAAGACAUGGAGGCAACUGUGAAUGUUAUGGGCAAGCUCGUGCCAAGAUUGAGGCACCCGAACUGCGAGCGGGAAGACGAGGAGGUCGCGUGGAACUCGGUAAUGGGUAGUAUGGGGAAGGAACCAGAGGUAGAGAAGAGGGAGUUGUUUAGACGCUAUGCUAGGGCCAUGUGCCAGUGCCAAUAAUCCGG